AUGGCCACCUUUCUCACGCUACCUGCCGAGUUACAACUCGAUAUUUUCGAGUUAGCAGUGGUUCAUGACGAUUGCGUAAUUCCAUCGGAACCGCUGGCAACUUUCAAGGCGCGGAGUCAGAAGCGUGGAGGAAACAGUGCCGCCCAUUUCCAUGUCGCCAGCAGGUAUCUGCUCGCCCUGCUGUCGCCUGACGCCGAUACAGUCAAGGCCCGUUACCUCUACUUGACGGUGCUGAAAAAUCAUGUACUACGCAACAUGCCAUGUGUUCAGAUCAACAUCAGAGACUGCGACUUCCGGAAUGCCAUGCGCUUUAUCAGAGCAUUGGAGGACGGAGACCUGCUCGCCCGCUUCGCCCGCAACUACGAUGAGGAUAAUCAGCGUAGUAUCACGUUUGAACACAAGAUCACCUCCGCCCUUAGCGAAGCGCCUCCAUCUUUGGCGAAGUUCUUGCAGAAGGAUAAGCAGCUACUGAAGAACGGCUUCGAGCUGAACGCAACACAGAGCAUCUACAGCCCGAAGAACGUCGAGGACAAAAAGUCCCUCCAUGGCUUCCUCGAGAUGCGGUCGGGAAUCAACCUGCAGCACAAUCCUCGCUCCCAGGAAGUCAGUCUACUUCGAGAGUUCCGGGACUUUGCCUUUGAUAUGAUCAAGGGUCGCGGCCUCUUCCCAAUCCAGCCCUUCGCAUUGCAUCCCCGUGUGAUGAAAGAGACAAAGCCCAAGGAUUAUAUUCGGCAGGCACAAGCGAUGGAUAUAGACGGAGAUGAGGAUAGUGAGGCUGGUGAUGAGGAGGACGACGCAGCGGAGAGUUCACUGUCAAAUGAAGCAGACUCGGGCGAAGCAGAGGCUGUGGCUGGUGCUGAACACGAAGAACCCAGCUCGGAUACCGAUGUCGUGAUGAGUGGCGACUCAGAUGAGGAGGAAUACCAGGAUGAGCUUGAGGCUUUCUUGGACAAGGCUCUCUUACGGCGCCAGAAAUAG